UCAAAAGACUCACGUUCUCUGCGCUGCCAGCGCCACUGCUCACUUUUCAACACACCUGUGGAGUCGCAUGCUGCCUACCUGUUGCCAAAAUGGAGAAAAACUAUGAUGGUAUCGGUCGGUGUAAAUGCGCGUUUUGGUUCGCCGUCGCCCAUGACAUAAUCGGAUUUUUAAUACUUCUGAGUGGAGUGUUUUGGGACGUUUUCUUCCACGACUUUCUUUUAUAUGCCGGUGCCGUUAUAAUCUUUCUUAGUCUCAUCUGGUGGGUGUUCUGGUACUCAGGUAACAUCGAGGUGCCACCAGAAGAGCUACAAGACGACGUUUUUCUUUACAAGAAAACCAAAGGAAUAUCUGGCGUUGUGCGUAAAGUAUCCAGUAGACUCACCAACGGCAUAAGAAACUCGCUCAGGAGGACUGGGAGGGGGAGUCCGAGACCAGGUAACGGGACAGAGGACACACCACAAGUCCCUGGCGGUAUUGACAUAAAGCCCUGUGGAAACGCACAAUCGGAACAACCUAAAUUCAACAGAGAACCUUUGUCGGUAUAAUUCGAAGAGAAUGUAGAUGAACAGUAGACGUAUCACUGCCAAUGAAGAAUUUCUUCAAAUGAUGGACCGAAUGUUCGAACACUUUUUUAUUUUUGUUAUUUACUAUUUAACAAACAAAGAUUGUCAAUAAUUUAUUACAAUUGUAUAUGGACAAACAAGUUACAAAAUAAAAUUGUAAAUAAAA